GAUACGUGGUGAUGUCCCUGAUGAUACUGUCUACACCGAGUUGCACAAAGAUGUUAAUAUAGGAGACAGUGCAGUCUUGACAUGUCAGUUUCGAGGUUCACCAAUGGCUGUGUACUGGAAGAAAGGCGAUGACCCAAGAAGGGCGCCAAACCUUGUAUCAUGGAUUCCUACUGAUGACGUCACUGGUAAAUGUGAAGGUCAAAGGCCAUGUGAGGUCAUGGAGAUGAAUGAGAACCGUUCCUUGAUCAUCAAAGAAGUCAGUAUGGCCGAACAAGGUCGAUAUAUCUGCAGAGUUUCUAACUACAAGGGGUAUCUAAUACACAACUUCACAUACAUCAGACUAUUUUCUCCUCCUAUAGAACCAUACCCAAUCAUCAACCAGUGUCAGAGAAAGGAAGGUUCAAUAAAUUCUACUUCUCCUCCAAAGGGUUGCAGGAUUUCAACCGACACGAUUGUAAACAUCACAUGCUCAGUCUUUGGAUUCUACCCGGAUAUCAACCUGUUCUUCCUUCAUGGGUCUUCAAAGGUAACCAAUUUUAAGAGUAAUGAGUGGGAAAAUAAAGACGGUUCUAAGAACAAAACCAUAUUAAUUGAAGCUAGAGUCAGUGACCGGCCAUACGUAUGUAUUGCGUCAGAUAUACCUGGUUCAACAGAGGAGAGAGCCUGGGAGAUAUUCAUAGAUGAGACAACCUCAGCCAAUCCCGAGAAAGGUGAUGGAAGUAGCGUCACAAAUCCCGUAAAGAUUGUGGUACCAAUCCUACUGAUACUGGCUGUCGCCACGACAGGCAUGGCAUUCUUGAGACUGAGAUCAAGGAAACGGCAGGCCAGACGUUACAAAGGUUAGCAAAACCACCAUUUAUUCUGCGAUUGCUGUAAUCAUGGUAAGCUCGGUGUAUUAUUACCACACUCUUUUAGUAGUCACUAGUCACCACUGGCAUACCGAUUGGGAAGGGGAUUCUGUCUUCCAAAAUGCUCCAUACUAGAGUGAAAAGAAAGGAAAUGGGUGAAAUAUGAUUAAAUCUGUUGAAUAAUUUGUUAAAAUAUAUUACAAAAUUAGAUUUCCAUAUAAAGGAGGCAAAUAUUUCGCUUGCUCUUUUCACUCUCUCGCGACGUCUUAUAAAAUUUUCAACAUUCGGGGUGUUGUGCCCAAUCAAAAUAUUUGUCUCAUUAUGCCACCUGUAAUCACUACAUUAUCACGUUAAAGUUGCUUGAAACUGACGGACCAGUCCCACCCAUUAGUACCAUACGAUUGAAAUUAAUUGUAAUAUCUGAAAGGGAUUCAAUUCAUCCAUUAGAAUUUAAUGGCCAACUAUAAUUUGUAGCAGUCAGAAUAAAUCAAUUUACCAUUUUUACACUGUGUAUAGUAGGUAAACGUGAUGUCGAGGAGUCAAAGCAAUUGGUGCAAGAAAUGAAUGUACAAGGUAAGUGUAGUUUGCAAACACAUUCGCUAAGCAUGACAUACGAUAAGGAAGGAGCCUCUUAUUAAUCACAAUUCCACAUCACUAUUUAUUGUUGUCAUAUCAGGGAGGGAAGCUUUAGAAAAUACCCUUCCUGGUAUGAAUAUCACAACAACUCCAUC